CCGGCGGCCAGGGCCUGGUGCACUGGAUGUCCGUCAUGGCCGAGCACAUGAACUCCGCCGGCGGCAACCCGCACCACGACGGCGUGCACUACAUGUGGAACGGCGCGGUCGAGCAAUGCGGCUCGCAUGCCAAGGAUAUGGAGUACUCGUGGCCGCGCCAGCCCAUCAUCAACAAGCAAGGAUACGAGGCCAAGAUGAGCGGCGUGGACCCGCAGGGCAACCACUCGAUGCAUAAAGGCAUGGACGACCAGGGCAUGAGCAUCUACGGCGGCGCGCCCCCGCGGUCGGCCUCGUCGUCGUCGUCCGCAGUAAUGUGA